AUGGCAACCCCCGAAAUCCAUAAGCUCUACGCUAUGACCAUCUUUGGCUACAAGAAAACGGACAUGACUGAGAAGGACUAUCAUGACUACAUCAGCAAAACUCAUGCUGGACACCUGAAAGCUUUGCUAGCUAAGAAUGAUAUUGUAUCCUACACCAUGCAACACAAUACCGCGGAGGUGAAUGUGCCCAUGCUAGAGAAAAUAUACGCUGGUCGUCUUCCUACUGGAAAUAUCUCGGAUUGUGAUGCGAUCAUUAGGAUUGUUUUCAAAGACAUUCAGGACUACCUGCGAGUUCGAGAGGAUCCCCACUUCGUCAGUGUUGUCAAUCCAGACCAUCUCAACUUUGCCGAUUCUCAGAGAACUAGGUUGGCAGUUGGUUGGUUCGAGGCGCAUAUCACGGCUGGCAAAGUUGUGUCUUAA